GGCAACUGACCAUUAUAUUCUCCAGGGUAGCUACAAUUGGGUGUUCAACGCUGAGUUUCUCUGCAAAACAAAAUGAUUUCCGCCCUCACAACAUAGGCAAUGUACAAAAAUAACAUGCGGGUUUUUAGUUUAAUAGAGAUACAGCAUAGAAAUAGGCCCUUCGCCCCACCAAGUCGAUGUUGACUAUCAAUCACCCGAGUUUUAGUUCCUACUUACUAGGGGCAAUUUACAGAAGCCAAUUAACCUAACAAACCUGUACGUCUUUGGAAUGUGGGAGGAAACCGGAUCAUCUGGAGAAAAUAGACACAAAAAGCUAUAACUCAGCGGGAAAGGCAGCAUUUCUGGAGAGAAGGAAUAUGUAACUGCCCCACAUCGGCAGUUAGUUAAAUUCUGAACCUCACGGUUUUUGGUUCCUACCUGAAAUAGUAGUGUUCCUAAGGGGGGAACUAAUUGCCGACUUAGUUUCCGGGGGGCACGGUUGUGGGCGCACACAGAAGCCAUGACUAAGAAGAAACCAAGAAAUACCUCUUAAGUAGUAAGCAGUGGACGAGUUCUCACGGGUUGGUUGGAGCCGAAAAUAAACCCCGUAUUUAACCACGAUCUCGGGCCUCGUGUACUACUUGGGAGCUACAGUGAGAACUCGACUGCUCUGCAUGAGUAGCCGAGGAGGACGUCACCAGACGGCAGCAGCCGAGAAGAGACGAACCAUAUCCAUGCUGCGUGUGUAUCUUCUACCACCACCUACGCCGAAACACAAGAGCAAGCCCACAGGAAGGCCCAAGUGCCCCUAGUGUGAAUAUUGCUGUUAAGAAAACACGUGUUUUGCACAAGAGACUGAUAUAUUUUCUACAUUUUCAUUGAAUAAGUUGAUGUUGUUAUUUUCUACAACUAAAGGACUUUAAGUGUUUUGCACAAGAGACUGAGAUAUAAUGUGCAUUUCUGUUACUUAACAAGUGUUUAAUGCAUAUGUAACUUUAUGUGGAAGAGUUGAUACCUUUAUUUGUCUAAUUAUCACUCAUAGUGAUUUAAGUUGAUAACACUAUAAAAAUUAUUUAUUAAUUAGGUACUUACUCAACAUAAGAAAAUAUUAGAUUUAAACCAAACUAAAGUAAACCAAGUAAAAUGUCAGAGUUUGAGCUAUCCUCUGAAAGUGACAGAGAAGAUGAUGAAGGUGAUGACACGAAACAGCACUGCCCAGACGCACAACCACAAACGACCAAAGGCACUGGAGAUGAUAUCCACACUUCCUCACAAGAGCCACAAAGAGGCCAAAGAGUCCGCAAGCUAACGGAAAAAGGGCCAAGAACUGCACGAUGAGCAAAGAAGAAAGGUUGCACACCGUUUCAGUGUGAGCUACGAGAAGUGGAAGGCUGUCAUUAAGGACGCCAAAGGGGCGCUGAGUGGUCAAUGCUCAAACAACCUGCUGAAUGAACACAUCACCAAGGUAAGCAAUGCUUCAAAGAAUCUGAACGCUGUUUAUGAAGAGCUGAGACGCAUCGACAUUCUAGAUCAUGACACACGUCGCAGAGUAGACACCUGUGAAGCAGUAACAAAGAAGAUAAUCAAAACGGCAAGAGGUUAUCUAAACACGGGAAAGAGUGAAUGUCAAGUGGAUGAAGAACAAGGUGUUAAAGAUACAGAAUCUGUGUUCAAGUCUGCAGCCUCAGAUAAGAUGAGCAUCAAAUCUCACCGCACCAAAUCCUCUCAGUCCUCUGCUCGUUCUCAGGGCAACUCAAAAAUCACAUCCAGACAUUCAAGCCAGUCUUCUGCACACAGACUAGAAGCCGCUGCUGAAGUCGCAGCCAAUGAAGCCACAUUACAAGCGCUGCUAGAGCAAGAACAGGAUAUUAUAGAACUUGAAAGACUUGAAGCGGAAGAUGCAGAGAGAAAAAGGGUGCUAGAGGCCAAACGCAGACAAAUAGUGCGAUUGGAGACAAUAGGGAAGCUAAAGGCUGCCAAGGCACGACAGCAAGUAUAUAAGCAGAGUGAAUGCUCAGACGAUGAAAUAGACGAGCUGCUCUAUCAACACGUCUCUCUGAAGGAGAAGAAGGAAGUCAACCAGGAAAGUAACCUGUCGAAGCAUCACCCUCCACCACAAGCUAUGACACUUCCAAAACAAGAAGAUAGCACAGCAGCUCUUGUGAGAGUGUUUGCAGAGUCCAUCAGUGCGAGUCGUCUUCCUAUACCGGAACCGUCAACGUUCAACGGCGACCCACUCAGAUUCAAUGACUGGAAGGUUUCCUUUCAGACAUUAAUUGACAAGAAAAACCUACCAGGUGAAGAAAGGAUAUAUUAUCUGCGAAGGUAUGUGGGUGGAGCUGCCAAGAAGGCCAUAGAGAGUUACUUUCUGCUAGGCACAGAGUCAGCCUAUCAUGCAGCGUGGACCAUCCUAGAAGAGAGAUAUGGCAAUCCAUUCCUCAUCGCCAAAGCCUUCAGAGACAAGCUUGAUUCAUGGCCCAAGAUAAGCUCCAAAGGCAGUUUAGAACUUCAAGAACUCACUGACUUCCUUCGCAGCUGUGAGGCCGCCAUGUCUCAGAUUAGAGGUCUUGAGGUAUCAAUGACUGCAACGAGAAUCAGAAAAUGCUUGCUAAACUUCCAGACUGGCUGA